GUCAUUACAGGCCACUUACACAGGAAUCCGCACACCUGCAUCUCAUUACCUACAACCUCUUCACCUCACCGUUGGUUGAGCUUGGCAUCGUCGCGACGACCAUUCACUGACACCAUAGUGCACCGCUGCGUCUCUCCACAGAUCGACAAGAUCACCAUCUCGCAGCUGGGCUUCCUUGCCCAGCGGCGCCUGGCCCGCGGCGUGCGACUGAACCAUGUCGAGGCGUCGGUAAGACGGUUUUCACCCUCUUCACCCUUUUUACCCCUUUUUCACUCGGGGCACCAAAUCACAAUCACGAAAUCUCAUGACGAGAAUCCACAACACUGACCCCCCCCACUAAAAGGCACUCAUCGCCUCGAACCUCCAAGAACUCAUCCGCGAUGGCAACCACUCGGUGGCCGACCUCAUGUCGCUCGGCGCCACCAUGCUCGGCCGCCGCCACGUGCUGCCCGAGGUGUGCGCCACGCUGCACGAGGUCCAGGUCGAGGGCACCUUCCGCUCCGGCACCUUCCUCGUCACCGUGCAGAACCCCAUCGCGACCGACGACGGCGACCUCGCCCGCGCCCUGUACGGCAGCUUCCUGCCCGUGCCGGACGCCGCCGCCGCCGCCGCCAUGUUCCCGCUGCCGCCCGCCGAGGCCUACGCCGCCGAGAAGCGGCCCGGCGCGGUCGUCUGCGUGAAGGGCCAGCCGGUGCGGCUGAACGAGGGCCGCCGGCGGGUCAGGCUGCGCGUGACGAACAAGGGCGACCGCCCCGUGCAGGUCGGCAGUCACUACCACUUCGUCGAGGUCAACCCGCAGCUGGAGUUCGAUCGUCUGCGGGCGUACGGCUUCAGGCUGGACGUCGCCUCGGGCAGCUCCGUCCGGUUCGAGCCGGGGGACACCAAGACGGUGACGCUGGUGGAGAUUGGCGGCGGGAAGGUGAUUCGGGGCGGGAAUGGGCUUGCCUCGGGGGUGGUGGACCUGAACAGGGCGGACGAGAUCUUGCAGCGGUUGCAGCAGGCCGGCUUCGCGCACGUCCCCGAGCCGGCGGGGGAUCUGGCCUUCCUGACGGGCGGCGCGACCGUGGACAGGGACACGUACGCGGCCAUGUUUGGUCCGACGACGGGCGAUCUCGUCCGGCUGGGCAAGACGGACUUGUGGAUCAAGGUCGAGAAGGACUACACCGUGUACGGCGACGAGUGCAAGUUCGGGGGCGGCAAGUCGCUGCGCGACGGCAUGGGCCAGGCCACCGGGCGGUCCGAUGCCGACACGCUGGAUCUGGUGGUGACGAACGCGCUGGUUGUCGACUGGACGGGCAUCUUCAAGGCCGACAUCGGCGUCAAGGACGGCCACAUUGUCGGCGUCGGCAAGGCAGGCAACCCGGAUGUCAUGGAAGGCGUGACGCCGGGCAUGGUUGUGGGCAGCUGCACCGACGUGAUCGCCGGCGAGGGUAAGAUCGUGACCGCCGGCGGUCUGGACACGCACAUCCAUUACAUCUGCCCGCAGCAGGCUGCCGAGUCCAUCUCGUCCGGCAUCACGACCAUGGUGGGCGGCGGCACGGGACCAAGCACGGGCACGGCCGCUACCACCUGCACACCAGGGGCGUACUUCACGCGCGAGAUGCUCCGGGCCCUCGACGAGCUGCCAGUCAACAUCGGCGUCACGGGCAAGGGCAACGACAGCGACCCGCUGGCGCUCCGCGAGAUGGUGCAGGCGGGCGCCUGCGGGCUGAAGCUGCACGAGGACUGGGGCAGCACGCCGGCGGCCAUCGACGCGUGCCUGAGCGUGUGCGACGAGCUCGACGUGCAGUGCAUGAUCCACACGGACACGCUCAACGAGUCGGGCUUCGUCGAGCAGACCAUCGCGGCCUUCAAGGGCCGCACCAUCCACGCGUACCACACCGAGGGCGCCGGCGGCGGGCACGCGCCCGACAUCAUCCGCAUCGCCGAGCACGCCAACGUGCUGCCGUCGUCGACCAACCCGACGCGGCCGUACACGCGCAACACGCUCGACGAGCACCUCGACAUGCUGAUGGUGUGCCACCACCUGAGCAAGGACAUCCCCGAGGACGUGGCCUUCGCCGAGAGCCGCAUCCGCGCCGAGACCAUCGCGGCCGAGGACGUGCUGCACGACCUGGGCGCCAUCAGCAUGAUGAGCAGCGACAGCCAGGCCAUGGGCCGCUGCGGCGAGGUCAUCCUGCGCACCUGGCACACCGCCCACAAGAACAAGGUCCAGCGCGGGCCCCUGCCCGAGGACGAGGGCACCGGCGCCGACAACUUCCGCGUCAAGCGCUACGUGAGCAAGUACACCAUCAACCCGGCCAUCGCCCAGGGCAUGGCCCACCUGGUCGGCAGCAUCGAGCCGGGUAAGCUGGCCGACCUGGUGCUUUGGGACCCGGCCUGGUUCGGCUCCAAGCCGGCUUGCGUGGUGAAGGGCGGCAUGAUUGCCUGGGCGCAGAUGGGCGACCCCAACGCCUCGAUCCCGUCGGUGCAGCCCGUGUUCGCGCGGCCCAUGUUCGCGGCCGCGGCGCCGCGCGCGGCGAGCGCGAGCACGAGCGUGGCCUUCGUGUCGCAGGCGAGCGUCGACUCGGGCGCCGUCGCGUCCUACGGCCUGCGCAAGCGCGUCGAGCCCGUCCGCGGCUGCCGCGCCGUCGGCAAGCGCGACAUGAAGUUCAACGACGCCACCCCGCGCAUCCGCGUCGACCCGGAGACCUACGCCGUCGAGGCCGACGGCCGCGCCUGCGCCGCCGAGCCCAUCGGCGAACUGCCCAUCGCGCAGAGCUGCUUCGUCUACUAAAGUAAGGGCGCGCGGGGGGUUAACACACCGGUCGGGGUUUUGUUUCUUUUCAGUGUCUGGGUGGACAGGGAAAGGGGUGUAAUUUGUGCGAGAGCCCGGAAAGUCAACUUGGCGUCUCUGAGUUUCAGUACCCAGGCUUCUGUCUGUUCCUCGUAGCUCUUUAUCCUUCU